AUGAAGCGAAGCCUGCCCGUUCUUAUUACCGCGUUUCUAUGGCAAUGCUGCCAUGCCCAGCAGAGGGGACUUUUCCCUGCUGUGUUGAAUCUGGCUACGAUGGCAGACAUAACAACGAAUGCUACCUGCGGUGCAAAUGGUCCGGAGAUGUUCUGUAAAAUGGUGGAGCAUGUUCCAGGUCAACCUGUAAGAAAUCCCCAAUGUCGAAUUUGCAACCAAAGGAGUCUAAACCCGUUAGAACAUCAUCCUAUAGAAUAUGCAAAUGAUGGAACCAAUCGUUGGUGGCAAAGUCCCUCUAUCAUGAAUGGCAUGGAGUACCACUAUGUGACAAUUACCCUGGAUUUAAAACAGGUAUUUCAGAUUGCUUAUGUGAUCAUAAAGGCUGCAAACUCACCACGUCCAGGUAAUUGGAUCUUGGAGCGUUCGAUAGAUGGAGUGACUUUUGAGCCUUGGCAGUACUAUGCCAUCACAGACACAGAGUGCCUGACAAGGUUCAACAUAUAUCCACGGACCGGACCCCCAUCCUACACCAGAGAUGAUGAAGUAAUCUGUACAUCCUUUUAUUCAAAGAUUCAUCCGUUGGAAAAUGGAGAGAUCCACACUUCUCUGAUCAAUGGUCGGCCGAGCGCAGAUGACCCUUCCCCAGCCCUGCUGAAUUUCACCUCUGCCCGCUACAUCAGGUUGGUGUUUCAGCGAAUUCGAACGCUGAACGCCGACCUCAUGACUCUGACACAUCAUGACCCCAAAGAUAGUGAUCCCAUUGUGACCAGAAGGUACUACUACUCCAUUAAGGACAUCUCAGUUGGAGGAAUGUGUAUCUGUUACGGCCACGCCAAAGCCUGUCCACUCAAUGCACUUACAAAGAAGUUUAGCUGCGAAUGUGAACACAACACAUGCGGGGAGAGCUGUGAUCACUGUUGCCCGGGAUACAACCAGCAGCCGUGGAUGGCAGGAACCUUCCUCACGCGGCAUGUCUGUGAAGAGUGUAACUGCCAUGGAAAGGCAGAGGAGUGCUACUUUAAUCAGACUAUAGCUGACCUCUCACUCAGCAUGGACAUCCACGGUCAAUACAGAGGAGGUGGAGUCUGUAUUGGCUGCCGUGACAACACAGCUGGAAUCAACUGUGAGAGCUGUAUUUCUGGGUACUACAGACCUGCAGGGGUAGGCGCUGAUGAAGAGAACCCCUGCAUCCCCUGCUCAUGUGACCCACAUGGUUCUGUCAGGGAAACCUGUGUCGCAGAUUCAAGCCAAGCUACUUCCAGCCAGCCAGCAGGGUCAUGCUGGUGUAAGGAGGGUUUUGGGGGUCUGCGAUGUGACAGGUGUGCUGUUGGUUAUAGAGACUACCCUUACUGUCUGCGCUGUAACUGCAGUGUGGAGGGAAGUUCCAACAGUGACCCAUGCAUAACACCCUGCAUAUGCAAGGAAAAUGUUGAGGGUGAGAACUGCGACCAUUGUAAAUUUGGAUUUUACAAUCUGCAACGCGACAACCAACGUGGCUGUGAAAAGUGCUCCUGUAUGGGUGUCUCCAGUCAGUGCUCUUCCUCCACAUGGACCUAUAGGAAUGAGACCACUCUCACAGGCUGGCAUCUGGUGGGAGACACAGGAGGAAGGGUGUGGUCUGUGCACCGACAGACACCUCCAUUUCUGAGUGUCAGACAUUUAGAUGUAAUGAAAGAUCUGGGCCCCGCCUACUACUGGAACGCACCUGGACUAUACCUGGGAAACAAGCUGACAGCCUAUGGGGGGAGUGUGGCCUUCACUGUGUCGUACACGACAGACCAACAAGAACAGAUGGCCAUUAGAGUCACCUCAGAGCCUGACCUUAUCAUAGAGGGAGGAGGGAUGAAGAUUAUUGACAAAAGGUUUGGCCAACCAGUGUAUCCAUCGUCUCAAAGCACCAAUCAUGUAGAUCUCCUUCCAGAGAAUUUCCUGCUUAAAGAAACCGGACAACCAAUCAGUCGGCGAGAUUUCUUGACUGUGUUGGCCAAUGUGACGAGUGUGAUGGUGCGGGCCUCUUACAGCACAGAACCCAGCGCUGUGUACAGACUCCACUCAUUCUCAAUGCAGGUAGCAAACCCCACCGCCCGAGGAGAAAGGAGAGCGUUGGCUGUAGAAGUGUGUUCUUGUCCACCUGGGUAUGCUGGAACUUCCUGCGAGACCUGUGUUCCUGGCUUUCGGCGAGUUAAUGGCAAUCUAUAUAAUGGUGUGUGUGAACGUUGUCGUUGCCAUGGACACGCCACACAAUGCCACGAGGUCACAGGACACUGCGUGGACUGUUCACAUAACACUGCUGGACAACACUGCGACACCUGUCUGCCUGGUUUCUAUGGCAAUGCCACCAUUGGGACGCCUGCAGACUGUCAGCCAUGCACCUGCCCACUCAUUCUUCCCAGCAACAACUUCAGCCCUACCUGCCACUUGGAUGAAGAUGGGGAGUUAAUGUGUGACCAGUGUCCACCUGGCUAUUCAGGACCACGAUGUGACAGAUGUUCAAACGGAUAUUAUGGUCAGCCCAGUGUACCCGGGGGAAGGUGCCAGCCCUGCGAUUGCAAUGGCAACCUGGACCUAUCUAUACCUGGCAGCUGUGAUCCAAUUACAGGCCAGUGUCUAAGGUGCCGCCAAGGUUAUGGUGGUGCGGACUGUGAAAAUUGUGCGGAAGGUUACUAUGGAGAUGCUAUCACGGCAAAGAGCUGCCAACCCUGCCAGUGCCACACGAAUGGCUCUGUUUCUGAGAUCUGCAAUAAGGAGAGCGGUCAGUGCCAGUGCAGAGAAAAUGUGGUUGGACACAAGUGCGAUAAGUGCACGCCUAACUGCUGGUGGGAUGCUGAGCAUCAGGGAUGCGUGCCCUGUCGCUGUAGCCGUCAUGGCUCUAUCUCUCAGCGUUGUGAUGUUGAGGGCCGUUGCAUCUGUCGUGCCGGCUUCGAGGGCCAACGCUGUGACCUGCGUCGCCUGGGUUACGAAAGGCGGGAAACAAGGCGCCCUGUGGAACGGGUUCCGGUGGAAAGCGUGCAGCAGAGAUGGGGGAGCUCUACCCGAACGGGUGGCUGUCCCCGGGGCGCGUACAGGCCUCAGACAGGGCUUCAGACUCACGGCAUCGAAACCGGUGGAACAUGUGUCCCCUGCCACUGCAAUUCGUUUGGGUCCAAGUCAUUUGAUUGUGAUGAAACAGGUCAGUGUAGGUGUCAGCCAGGCGUCAGCGGACCCAAAUGUGACCGAUGUGCACGAGGCUUCUUCAACUUCCAGGAGGGUGGCUGCACACCCUGCCAGUGCACUCAUGUGGGAAACAACUGUGAUGUAAACACCGGACAGUGUAUCUGUCCUCCAAACACUAUUGGUGAGAGAUGUGACCGCUGUGCUCCCAACCACUGGGGCCAUGACAUCAUGACUGGUUGCAAGGAAUGUGGCUGCAAUGUGAUUGGUUCAGUCACACAGACGUGCAACAUGAAUACAGGUUGCUGCUUCUGUCGUGAUUCCUUCAGAGGAGAGAAAUGUGAUGAGUGUCAAAUAGGAUACAGAGACUUCCCACAGUGCAUCCAGUGUGAGUGUAACAUAGCAGGAUCGGACAGCCAGACCUGCGACAUGGAGAGAGGAGUGUGUGCCUGUGCUGAACGAACAGGCAAAUGUAUCUGCAAGGGAAAUGUGGAAGGACACAACUGUGAUCAGUGUAAGCCAGAAACAUUUGGAUUAUCUGUGAAAAAUCCAAUGGGCUGCAGCAAGUGUUACUGUUAUGGACUGACCCCCUCAUGCACAGAGGCACAAGGACUUAUAAGGAUGUGGUUAACGCUGAAGCCAGAGCAGACGGUCCUCCCCUUGGUGGAUAAAUCCAACACAGCGGAGACGAGGAGAGGAGUCAGCUUCCAGCACCCUGAGAUCCUCGCUCUUGCAGAGCUGAUCACACCAACUGUGUCUGAACCUUACUACUGGAAACUGCCAGAGCAAUUCACAGGCUCAAUGAUAACCGCAUACGGUGGGCUGCUUAAAUAUGCAGUGUACUACGAAGCCAGAGAUGAAACUGGGCCAUCCUCCUAUGAGCCACAGGUCAUCAUAAAAGGUGGUCCAAACCACAACAUGUUGAUGACGCGUCACAUCCCAGGAAUUCAGAUUGGUCAGCUCACUCGCCAUGAAAUCGACAUGACAGAGCAUGAGUGGAGAUAUGCAGAUGGUCGAUCUAUGACUCGGGAAGACUUCAUGGACAUUUUGUUCUAUGUGGACUACAUCCUAAUUAAGGCCUCACAUGGCAGUUUGAUGAGACACAGCCGUAUUUCAGAGAUCAGUCUAACGGUGGCAGAGGAAGGUACACCGACAAAGGAAAGCGAAAAUGCUCAUCAGAUUGAAAAGUGUGACUGUCCGGCUGGAUAUUCUGGACUUUCAUGUGAGGAGUGUGCUGCAGGUUUCUACCGCCUCCGUCCUGGAUCCCUUGUAUCUAUUCCAGCAUCCAGAGCGCCCACUGCUACCGGGAUGGGCAGCUGUGUUCAGUGUCAGUGCAAUGGGCAUUCUUCCACUUGUGACCCAGAGACAUCCAUUUGCCAGAACUGUCAAGACAACACAGAGGGGGACCAGUGUGAGCGCUGCGCUUCUGGAUUUUAUGGUGUGGUCCGAGGCUUUGCUGAUGAUUGUAAACGCUGCGCCUGCCCCCUCACCAACCCAGAGAACAAUUUCAGCCCUACUUGUGUAUCUGAGGGGUCAGAUGACUACCGUUGUACAGCCUGCCCAGAGGGAUAUGAAGGAAAACACUGUGAGAGGUGUGCCACUGGUUACCAUGGUAACCCAAUGAUGCCAGGUGGACGAUGUGAGGAAUGUAAGUGUUCCCUAUGGGGGGCAUUGCCCGGACCAUGUGACCCUGUCACGGGCCAGUGCCGCUGCAGGGUUGGGGCUUCAGGAAUGUCGUGUGACCAGUGCAUGGAAAGGCAUGUGUGUGGACCAUCUGGAAUCAUCUCCUGUGAUGAUGAGUGCUCCGGUUUGUUGAUAAGUGAUAUGGAUCGUCUAUAUCGUAUCAUCACUGAUGUCACUCUGACCACACCUCUCCCACCACCUUAUAAGGUGUUGUAUCGCUUUGAGAACAUGACAGAGGAGCUCAAGCACAUGCUGUCACCUCAAAAAGCUCCAGAAAGAUUAUUGCAACUGGCCGACUCCAACCUGGGAUCACUGGUUGUUGAGAUGGACCAGCUACACAGCAGGGCCACUAAAGUUUCUGCUGAUGGAGAGCAGGUGGAGGAUGAUGCUGACAGGAUUCACAAACGAGCUGAGGACCUGGAGCAGUUCAUCAAAGACACACUGCUGGGAGCUAAAGACCUCCAAUCCAAGGCUGCCGAGUUGAACCAGACCCUCUCACGGAAAGACGGAACUCCGGACAAAAGCCUGAGUGAGAUGAAAGAAGACAUCCAGGCAAUGCUAGCUGAGAUGAGAAAACGACAGCUUGGAGGAAAGAAAACCAUUGCAGAGGAGGAGAAGGAUCUAGCAGAGGAGUUGUACCAGAAAGUGAAAAGAAUGUUUGGUGAGCCCCAUCAGGCAACAGAAGACCUGAAAACAGAGAUUAAAGAGAAGCUAACGGAUCAUGAGGGGAAGCUCCAGGAGGCUCAAGAUCUUCUGCAUUCUGCCCAGGGAAAGACGAAGCAGGCUGGAUCGCUGGCUGAACAAAACAAAGCCAACAUCACAAUUCUGGAGAGAAAGAGGUCCGCAGUCAGUGCAGUGAAACAGGAAGCACAGAAGGUCCUUGGAGAGGGAGAGAAUCUUCUUGAGCAGGCAAAUCAACUCUCUGACAGCAUCAACAAGGAGCUGGAGGACUUAGAAGAAAUGGGGAGAGAGCUCAAUCCUCUUCAUGAACAGCUGGAUAAUAAAGUCCGUCGCCUCACUGAUGGCUUGGGUGACGGCAGACUAGCGGGUCGUGUGCUCGAUGCAGAGGAACAUGCCCAGCAGCUGAAUGAAUCUGCAGCUAUUUUAGAUGGUAUUUUGGCUGAAGCAAAAAAUCUUUCCUUCAACGCAACAGCCGCAUUCAAUGCCUAUAGUAACAUUAAAGCCAAUGUUGAUGCGGCAGAGAAAGAAGCAAAGGCAGCCAAGCAGAACGCAAAUGAAGCACUGACACUGGCUUUAGGUCCAGAGGUUCCAGUAAAGGAGGCAGCUCAAAGUGCCCUUCAGAAGAGUCAGUUACUGCUAAACAAGGCCAAACAGCUUCAAAAUGAUGUCAAAGAAAAUGCCUACAGCGUUGCCGGCCUGAAGGGCAGAGUUAAAAUGGCAAGAGAGAAAACCAAAGACCUUUUCAAAGCAGUAAAUGGAACCAUGGAAACGCUCAACGCCAUUCCCAAUGAUACAGCUGCUAAGCUUGCAUCUACCAAGGCUAUAGCAGCUGAUGCCAAUGCCACGGCCAUCGAUGUGCUAGAGCGCCUUGGAGAUCUGAACCUGCGCCUCAGAGGCUUGCAACGCAACUACAGCGAACUGGAGGACACCGUCAAUGCAGCCAAUCAGAUGAUCCAGGACCCAGAAAAAAACAUUCAUGCUGCAGGCGCUAAGGUGAAGGAUUUAGAAGAUGAAGCAGACAGAUUGUUGGAGAAGCUGCAACCAAUCAAAAAGCUGGAGGACAAUUUGAGGCGCAACAUCUCACAAAUCAAGGAACUGAUUAACCAGGCCAGGAAACAAGCUAAUUCAAUUAAAGUAUCGGUGUCAUCAGGUGGCGAUUGUCUCCGCAGUUACCGCCCUGAAAUCAGAAAAGGAAGGUACAAUACUAUCAUCCUUCAUGUUAAAACAACUACACCUGAUAACCUCCUCUUCUACCUGGGAUCUGCCAAAUAUGUUGAUUUCCUGGCUUUGGAGAUGCGAAAGGGGAAGGUGAAUUUCCUCUGGGAUGUGGGUUCAGGUGUGGGAAGAGUAGAAUAUCCCCAUCACACCAUCAAUGAUGGGAACUGGCAUCGGAUAGAGGCCUCUCGUAACGGUCUGAAUGGCACCAUAUCAGUAUAUCCUCUAGAAGGCUCAAUGGCUGGCAUGCUGCCAACACCAGCUAGUGCCAAUUCACCAACAGCGUACACCAUUUUGGAUGUCGAUCAGAACGCCUACCUGUUUGUAGGAGGAAUAUUUGGCACUGUCAAGAAAGCAGAGGCAGUAAGAACAUCAACAUUCACAGGUUGCAUGGGAGAGACUUUCUUGGAUGGUAAACCUAUUGGACUGUGGAAUUACAGAGACAGACAGGGAGACUGUAAGGGCUGCGUGGUCAGCCCUCAGCGUACGGACGGUGAGGGUACGGUUCAGCUGGAUGGUGAAGGUUAUGCUGCAGUUGGGCGGCCUACCCGAUGGAACCCAAAUGUUUCCACCAUCACAUUCAAGUUCCGCACUUUCUCCUCUGAUGCUUUGCUCAUGUAUCUCGCCACUGACGACAUGAAGGAUUUCAUGUCCCUGGAGCUGUCAGGAGGAAAGGUAAAGUUCAACUUCGACCUUGGAUCUGGAGUUGGCAGUGCCAUAUCAGCCAUCCGGCACAAUGAUGGCCGCUGGAAAGCCCUCACCAUGUCAAGGAACAAGAAACAAGCCACUGUGACUGUAGUGGACAUUGAUGGCAGUGCUGAAGAAAAGAUUGUGGCCACAUCUCAAGGUUCAGCUACUGGUCUGAACCUGAGGGAAAACCAAAGUAUCUAUUUUGGUGGGGUGCCAACAAUUGGAAACUACAGGUCAGAGGUAACUCUGAAAAGAUAUGCAGGCUGUCUCCGAGAGAUAGAAGUUUCCAGAACUCCAUAUAAUCUCCUCAGCAGCUCGGAUUAUACAGGGGUCACUAAAGGAUGCAAUGUGGAGAACCUGUACACAGUGAGUUUUUCUAAACCAGGAUACAUGGAACUGAGAGGACUCUCGCUUGCGGUCAGCACUGAGAUCAGCCUGUCAUUCAGCACUCUGGCAGACACCGGAACCAUACUAUUGGCAGUGGGAGGAACUUCACCCCUCAACCUGCAGGUCCACAACUCAAAACCCCAAAGCUCUAAGAGGAGACGAAGACAAUCGGGACAGCCCUACAUGUCAGUCAUGCUGAACAAAGGCUCCCUCGAAGUAUCUAUAUUUACGGGCAACCACAAUUCCUACAAUGUCAUAAGACACCCAGAGCAAGGGAUACUGAAUGAUGGCAGAGAGCACUCACUGCGCAUAGAGAGGCUUCCUGGAAGAUACUUUGCAGUCCAGGUGGAUGAGGAGGCAAAGAGUAAGGCAGCGCUUCCCAAUGACCAGCCAAUCAGCCUGCACCGCAUCUUCCUCGGUGGUAUUCCCGCAGAUGUGGAGCAGACAACCAACAGAGCAAACAUCCCAUUCCAAGGAUGCAUAUGGAACUUGAUGGUCAAUGCUAUUUUGUCAGAUUUCUCCCAGCCCAUUACCUUUGAAAAUGCUGAAAUCGGCCAGUGCCCCAACCUUGCCCCACCACCACCUCCACCUCUCCUACCAGAGGAGGAGGAGGAUCUUAAGAAGCCAGUUGGUCGUCUCCCAGCUACUGUCACGUCACCACCUGGCCCAGAUGCUGAGGCUACGCCCUCUGCUCCACCUGCUGCCACACCAACUGCCCCUGCUGCUGAAGCCCCACCCACUGCUAGGUUGGAUCCUAGCACAGACUUGGAUUCAUGUGCAUCAGCUGUGGCCCCGACAGCACUUGAGAAGGCAUUCCAGUUUGGACUGACCAGGAACAGCCACAUGAGCUUCGCUUUUGAUGACACCAAAGUCAGAGAAAGGCUUGUACUGGCGUUUGAGCUUAGGACAAAGGAGCAGUCUGGUCUCGUGCUGUACAUGGCGAGAAUCAACCAUGCUGAUUUUGUGUCCAUACAGAUCAAGGAAGGACAGGUUUGUCUUGGUUAUGAUCUUGGUCAUGGAAACACCUCUGGCUGCGUCCCUUACUCCAUCAAUGACGGUAACUGGCACAAGAUUCGCGUGACUCGUGCCAAGCAGCGUGCUGUACUUUUUGUUGAUGAGCGAUACAGCAAACAGAUGACCAGUCCAAAGAAGGCGGACCUGCUGGACGUGGUUGGCCUGCUUUAUGUUGGGGGGCUGCCACAAGACUAUACCACAAAGAGAAUAGGACCGAUCGUCUACAGCAUCAACGGAUGCAUUCGUAACUUAAAUAUGGUUGGAGGGCCUGUAAGCACCAAGCCAUCUACUGCAGGACGUACUGAUGCUGGCCUUGAAGACUUUAAACUGAACAUGGCAUCACCCACCUCCAGUCACCUGGUUGGACGAUGUUUUGUUGCGACUGAAGCAGGCACCUACUUUGAUGGCACUGGCUAUAUAAAAGCAGUCUCCUCCUAUAGGGUGGGCCUCGAUGUGUCAAUAGCAUUGGAGUUCCGGACAAGCAAAACCAAUGGAGUGCUUUUGGCUGUCAGCAACCAAGCCAACGAUGGACUGGGUCUAGAGAUCGUCCAGGGAAAGCUGCUCUUCCACGUGGAUAAUGGAGCUGGACGAAUCACAGCAGAGCACCAGCCUGAGGGCCAAGGCUUCUGUGACGGUCAGUGGCACGCCGUCACAGCCAACAAGCUUCGGCACCGAGUGGAGCUGGUGGUCGAUGGCAGGAAGAGCCAGGCGCAGUCGCCUAAUGCCCGCUCCAACACCUGCGACACCAACAACCCCAUCUACGUUGGAGGAUAUCCUGAUGGAGUUCGUCAGGCAGCUCUUUCUACCAGCACUUCUUUCAGGGGUUGUAUGAAGAACUUGAAGAUCACUAAGGCUUCUAAGACCAUGGAAGUGCAGUUCAACAAGGCUCUGGAGAUUAAAGGAGUCCAGCCUCUGUCCUGUCCUGCUGUGGCUGCCUAA